UGCUGAGUAGAGCAGAGCAGCAGGCGCACUACGAGAUUAAGCGUGGGAGCGUGUGUUUGUUUGUGUGUCUGAGAGGGACGGAGAAACUGGCUGACUGGAUCACCACUGUAUUGUGAAGAGUAGUGUCUGAUAACACAGAAGAAGAGUAGGAGCGUGCUUGCUCAGGGGAGUUGCAGGAAAAGUCAGAAGAAGGAGUGAGUGUUGGAGGAAGGAAAAAAAAAGAGACUGAGACAAGCCCCCUCAUCUUCCCAAGAGAACAGGAGGUAAACCGCCGGUAAGCAAAUAUUAAUGACCUGACAAAUAAUUUUUUUUAAAAAGCACACAACAUCCCUGUGUUGGUCAGACAGCCUUACCCUGGAGCAGCGCACCAGAGGAGCCCGGAUACAUAUUUAUAUACACACACGCGCAAGACAAGCCCCCCACCUUCAGUGCUCUUCACUCACUCAUGAUCAUCACUGCCGCCACGCGCAGACACGAGGGCCACGCUGACACAACCAGAGGUGUGCAGGAGAGAAAAGGACACUUGCCCUGUCAAAAAAGUCUUGCUUGGAUUUUCUUUUCUUUUUUUCUUUUCUUUUUUUAACUGUGAAGCCAGAGUCCUCCUUUUGUGCUGACCUUUCCAAGCCCUCCCCCCUUCACCCUCCCAGGAGCGAAGAUGAGCUGCAGGAAAAGGUGCAAACGGGAGAUCUUCAAGUUCGCACAGUACCUGUUCAGACUCGUAACAGGGACGCUCAACACCGACAGCGUUGAAGAUGAGCUUGAACUAUCUGCAGUCCGCCAUCGCCCUGAGGGCCUGGAACAGCUUGAAGCUCAGACCCGUUUCUCCCGCAAGGAGCUACAGAUCCUUUACCGCGGCUUUAAGAAUGAAUGCCCCAGCGGAGUCGUCAAUGAAGACACGUUUAAAGACAUCUACUCGCAGUUCUUCCCACAAGGAGAUGCUUCAACAUAUGCACAUUUCCUGUUCAACGCAUUUGACACAGAUCACAACGGCUCUGUGAGUUUCGAGGAUUUUGUCAUGGGCCUUUCUAUCCUCCUGCGAGGAACAAUCCAGGAAAAACUCAACUGGGCUUUUAACCUGUAUGAUAUCAAUAAAGAUGGAUAUAUCACUAAGGAGGAAAUGCUAGACAUCAUGAAGGCCAUCUACGACAUGAUGGGAAAAUGCACAUACCCUGUCCUCAAAGAGGAGACGCCUCGUCAGCACGUAGAAGUAUUCUUUCAGAAGAUGGAUAAAAAUAAGGACGGAGUGGUAACCAUAGACGAGUUCAUCGACUGCUGCCAAAAUGAUGAAAACAUCAUGCGAUCAAUGCACCUCUUUGAAAAUGUUCUUUAACUUUUGGCUGACCGUGGAGGAUUUGGAAAAAGGAGCAUCAUCUUUAGCUUGGCCCAAUAACUGACUUGGACUCAUACUGUGUACAGUGUGCUAUGCAGACUUUUGACCAUAGAUAAAAUAUUGUUCAUUACUGUGGGCCACAAGUAGGAGUAGCCAAUACGGUGCGAACACUCUGGAAUGAGCUGCCUUUUAAGCAUUUUAUUGAAUAAAUAGAAUUUAUUACAUAAAAACAAACAGAACGGAGAGGAGAGUUAUAUUUUCAAAAAAAACCAAAAAAAACACCUGAACUUCAAGGUUGAUUUCCACCGCCCGUCUCUGGAGUGUCUUUCCGUUUGCUGAACACCGACUUCUGCAAAGCACGUCAGCCACAACAUUAUAAACAGACAUUUCUAAUGAAUGGGUUUAUCUCUGUUGCAGGCCUUGACUUGAUUAAUUUACUGCCAAGUGAAAUCACUGUGACUUUUUACAGCAUCGAAACAAAAAAACUGAACAAAUCUGACGUCUCUGUUUAGACAUUCCAGACUGGCUCUCAGUUCCAGAGUGUUCUCACCCCGACUUAGUUAACCAUUGUGGUCUGUCUUUCUGUUCUUUCAAGGAAACAUUUAGAGGAAAAAAAACAAAACAAAACAUCCAUUGUACCAUUUUGAAUUGUAUAUAGUAUAAAGCAUUAGAUAAGAACUCUAUGAGAAACUUUUCAACUUUGCUCAUGUUUACUUGCCAACUAGAAUGAGACAACACAAGGAUUGUAUUGAUGUCAAACUCGGACCAUAAUAUCGAUGGUUUGUCUACAGAAGCACACAGGUAGCUAUAUUUACCUUGAGUAUAACAUUAGACGACGAUAUCUUUGUCAUAAGAUAAAUGCUGCUUUCAGUGUAUUUCAUUUAACCCCUGUGUAUGUAUAUUCCCUGUAAAGUAAACCAUAUAUCAGUAUGUUUUUAUUUUUGUUCUGUUUAGGAGUUUACACUAAGGGCAGUGCUAGAGCUUAUUUAUAUGGUAUUAUGGUCAUUGUACAAAAGAUUGUCAGUUGUACAGUAUUAAAUGAAAGUUUGCUCUCGGGUGAAUUUCAGGUCUUUAGAUUUGUUCAUAUAUUUCACUGUUUUUAAAGGACAGUGGGGGGUUUGCUUGUUGAUACAAACACUGUAACUUUGUAUUAUACUCAACAUUUUUGGGUCGUCGGCUAACACACCUCCUGCUGUUUUCCUCCUCUUCUUCGUCCUGUGGGCUAAAAAUCCAGCAUCCCGCACCUAUUCAGCCUGAUUGGUUCCUGCUGUCUGUGAUUAAAGCAUUGCUUGGCCCCAAAUGUGAGCAAACAUAAGGCAUGCUGGGUAGAAGUCUUACUCACUGACUUCCUCUUGCUCGUUGGAAACUACUGGAUCACUGAAAGAAGUGUCUGGACAUUAUGUAAGUAAGUUACCGAGUGUUGCAAUAUGACUUUUUCUUCUUCUUCUUCACAAUGAUUUGGACAUUGGAUACAGGAAGUAUCCAUCAAACCAGCUGUAUACUUGAGAAGUGGCUGAUUUUUUUUGGUGAAUAUUUGACAGUUUAUCAUGUUGUUUUUCAUACAUACAAUAUGUCACUACGCUGUAUUACUGGCGGUUGCAGUCACGAACAUAAAAUUCUGCUAAUUGAGGCAUGUUGGUCAUUCACUUAGAAAAUGGCACAUUUUUCUCUGCUGUAUUCUUGUGUUGUUGGGAGAUAAUGUGUAUAUUUCCAUCAAGAAAAGCAUCAAACCUACCAUGUUUUUCCUUGUGUUUGUGCGUAUAUGUGUGUAAAAUGUCAUGCAUGUUCGGUCGACAACUCAUAAAUAUGAUAUGAAGUAUAAGAAAGUGACUAAAUGACAGGAAAACACAUUUUUUUUGCAACAUCAACAACUUCUAAACAUAUCUACAAUAUAUCGUAGUGCAACAUAAUGAAAAUUUUCUGCUCUGAAGUCAGCGCUGUGACAAAAGUAAAAAAA